CAACAGCAAGGCCAGGCAAUGUUUGCAAGAAUCACUUUCUACCCAUCGUUGUUUUACAAUGUAAUGAUGGAGAAAAUCACAUCCCGGAACUGGUAUGAUCGCAUCGAUGAAAAUGUUAUCCUAGGUGCUCUUCCGUUCCGUUCAAUGGCACAGGAAAUGGUGCAAAAAGAGAACAUAAAAGCGGUUGUAUCUAUGAACGAAGACUACGAGCUGUGGGCAUUUUCCAACAACAAAGCGCGAUGGGCAAAGCUUGGUGUUGAAUUUUUGCAGUUGGAAACAACAGACAUAUUUGAAUCACCGUGUCAGGAAAAACUAUGGAAAGGUGUCAACUUUAUGAACCGGUUCUUGCCAGCAAAUGACAAAAUGACUGCUUUAUCAGUGGCCGACGAGCCUUCACCGGAAAGUGGAACGGUCUAUGUACACUGCAAAGCUGGAAGGACGAGAAGUGCAACUCUCGUUGGAUGUUACUUGAUAAUGAAAAACGGUUGGAGUCCAGAGCAAGCUGUCGAGCAUAUGCGUCAAUGCCGUCCACAUAUCCUUCUGCGGAGUAAGCAAUGGGAAGCAUUGCGAUUAUUCCAGCAAACUAAAUGUCCUCCUAAAACUCCAUCGUAGGAAGGUCCUUAACUUAUUAGAAAAUGUAUGACAAUUUAUAAGGGAAAAGCAAUCUUAACUAUUUUGGUGAUGGAUUCGUCUAAAAUUACAAUUGGCACUGUUAGUUUGUGAAAUAAAGUGAAAAGGAUACUUGUUGAAUAGAGAUUUCGUUAAAGGAUGUUUUAUUUAGCAGUGCGUCUCGCAAGUUGA